AUGUCUGAGUUUACUGCAAUCCCACUGACUCCUUCAAAAAUUCUUAACUUCACAGGAAGAGUCCUAGGAAAUGCAAUUUGUCUUGGAAGAAGAGAAAACGUAUAGCUUAUUCAGAAUGAUAUACUAGUAGUCGGAAACCUAGAUGGGACUUUAUGCUUAUUUUUAUUUGAUAAUGAAGAGCCUUUAUUAGUGGCUACAGAGGUUGGGUCGAUCUGCUGCAUAAAGAUUGAUUAUAUUUCUCUAUUAAAAGAUAUAGGAGUACUAGUCGCUACAUUAGAAGGCAAGUCUUAUAUUUUUGAGAUAAUUAUGGAUCGUAUGCUAGGUUUUACAGAAUCCUGAACUCCCAGAUAUACUCAGCAGUUAUUAUUAAAUCCUCAAUGCAUAGCUUUAUAUCAGAAUGAGGACUCAAAAAGGACGGAAUUGUUUAUAGGGACUUCUUAUGGAGUUUUCGCACAUUAUAAAAUGUCAGGGAAAGACUCUAAAGCGAGCAGCCCUUGAAAGGCAGGGAAACUUUGGACGCUUGGAAAUGAGAUCACUUCUAUUUGUAUAAGGGUAAGGGAAAGCGAAAAACAGCUAUUUUUAGGAGAGGGGGAUGGGUCAGUCCUGAUAAUUCACCCUACAAAUGAUAAUCCUGAAAGAGCUAGCAAUAGGAAUUAUAUUACUGAGGUGUGUGGAAAAGACUCCACUUAUGUAAUGGUCACGACAUAUCAAAAUUGUGUAGCUGCUGUCAAUGGGAAUGGCAAAAUAGGGUGUUUUGACUCUGUAGGGGUUUCAGACAAGCCCAGUGAAAGCUCACUGACUACUUCUAUUACAAAAAGACCUGUAUUUAUAGGCUAUCUUAACAGCCAAACCGUCGCAAUUGGGACCUCAGAUGGCUGUGUUUAUUUUGUCUCAGAAAAUAUCAGCAAUUAUUAUCGCUACGAAGAAGUCCCACAAGCUUACGCAGUCGAUAACCUCUCUACCCCUACCAUGGCCAUUGUAGCGCACUCAGGGAAUAUUGUAAUUUUCAGCUGUUUUACCUUCCUCAACAACGUUUUGCCAAGUUUUAUAGAGAACGCCCAAAAAGAAAUAGAAGAAUUACGGGAAAAAAUAAACGACAGCGAAACUUCUGCAGAAAAAUUAAUAUCAACCUAUUUGUAUAUGCCAUUAAGAUAA